AUGAAGCAGGAGAAUCAGAAAAAGCGUAAGAGGAAUACAAGCCAGGAAGGACGUGGAAAAGCAAAGUGGGUACAGAAGAAGCAGCAGAAGCAGCAUGAGAAUGUCAAAAUUGUCAAUAGUAGAGUUGGAUCCAAUACAGCCAAGUUGAUGUGGAAAGAAGGUGCUGCUGGUGGUAAUGUAUCGUGUUCCAUGCUUCACGUCAAGAAAGAUGCUGACAUGUUGACUGGACUCUAUUGGAUCUUGCUUACUCGCACUAGAUUACACCCGUGUAUCGUUACUCUACCUUCUCGUUACGAGACAUCUCCAGCUCAAUUGUCAGUAAUGCUCAAACAUCUUGGAUUACAAGCAGUGGCACUGCAUCAUAAGAUGACAACCAUUCAGCGAACUGAAACGGUGCAGAGAUUGAAGGAUUUUGUAUCAACGUCGCAUAUGAUGGUGCUUGUGACUACAGAUCAUUUGCUGCCAAGUGCUGUGUAUAUUAAUGCUGAUGUGGUACUGGUUGGGGAUGUGAAUACUGCGGCGACGGAAGUAGCGAUGGCGAAAUUUGCUCAUGUGUAUCAGGUGACAACUGCCGCUAUUAGGAUUGAAGAAAAGCUGCAGAAGUCGAGUAGGUAUCACCCUGAUUUGACGACAUCAUGCUUACAGCAACUGCAAGCGAGGAUGAAGCUAGUGAGGCAGAUCAUGGACAUUGCGCAACGUGUUGGCAAGACUAAAGCUGCUGCCCAGAAUGACGAGAACAAGUGGGCUUGGAAACUGGCGAAAGAAGCCGAUCUAGACGAUGAUGAAGAUGACAAAGGCCAGAGGAAAAAGUGUAAACGUAUAUUGACCCCGGACGAGCAAAGACUGCAGGCAUUAGUAGCAAAACUUUACGUGGUGCUCGCGCGCAAGCUACCGGGAAUUGAAGCAAAUACCAUUAGCGCGUCAUUUGUCAGAGACCAGGGGGCUGAUAGUCAGCACCGUUGCGAGAAACUACAAGUGCUUGGUCUUGUCACGAUGAAUGCAGCCAUGGGAACGGUCAUGACGAAUGAACGCACAUCUGCUCAGACUCGAUGGAUGGAUUUUGCAGAGGGUAGAGCUUACGGUGGUCAGUGGGACGGACCUGUGCGCCAUGGUGCAUCGAAGGACAAUGCUUCACUUGCACUUCGUGAAAGAUUUUGUGCUGCUAGAGGCAAGGCGAAAGACUUGAGCUAUUUGAGCAAAUGGGCGCCAAAUCAAGGGCCUGUCGACGCUGAAAAAUGGGGUGGCAUGUUCGGCAAGGUAUGCGGACACAACGAAGUAGUAAUGAACGAUCUGCGAGCCUUUUAUCCGCAGGAGGUCUUAAACUCAAAGGUGUGCAGCAGAAUCUUCCCAGCUCCAGGAAACAAAGGCUUUGACGGCUGUCUAGAGCACUUGCGGUUUGCCUGCAUGACUCAAAACAUGAGCAUGACUCUAUGGGACGCCGAGCUCUUCAUUUUUAUCUCGACGCGCGGGCGCGUCACAUGGUCAAAGAAGAGUCAACUGCUUGCGCUCUCACUGGCGAGUCUGCAGUGUCUCGUUCCCGCUCUUCGCAGCUGGACAGCGGCAUGUGGUGGUCACAUGCCACCGAAUGCAGUCCUUCGUGCAAUCCAACUUUGUAGUCAACUUGGCUGCGGCGACAAACGUGGGAAGCUGCCCCCUAAGUCGAUCAAGCGCAUCAUGAGCUUUGUGUUUGGUGGAUCAGCUCGAAUAUGGCGUCAAAUUGCGAAAGCCCCGACACCGCUCAAAGCUGACAUUGUGUAUGGUUCCCAGUAG